ACUGAGAAAAGUGAAAGAUUGUUACUGCUGUGGCUGAAUAUUAAAGUGUCGCGAAAAAGCAAGAUGGUGACGCCGUCCAAAUCCUAAUGGCGUUCAGAGAGAAGAUCGUACCGGAGCCAGCUCACCAGCAGAGGAGUCAGAUGUCCGCCAGGCGGUCCAAGUGUUCGUGAACGACGCACCAGCUACGUGAAAGAUUCCGCGUCACUUUGGCAGAGCAAAACACAGACAAAAUGAGCAGAACGCUCGGUAGUUCAGGCACAACGUAAAUUUGUUAGUUAUUUUGGCAGAAUGUUCUGUUGGUGCAGUUUCGUCUACGUUCUUUUCUUUCUCGGCUCGUUCUUGUCGAUAGGACUAUUGACGGUGUGUGUCCUGUUGCGUCAGCUCAUAAAGUUUCAACGCCGGAAGCGAACGGACCAGAACGUGAAGCAUGUGGCGUUCUUUCAUCCUUACUGCAACGCGGGCGGUGGCGGUGAACGAGUACUUUGGUGCGCCAUACGAGCAAUGCUGAACCGUUACGAAAAUGUGAAACUGUUCGUGUACACCGGUGACUCGGAUGCAAAGCCGGCGGAAAUCUUAGCUAAGGCGGAGCGGAGCUUUAACCUCACUUUGGAAGCGGAACGUAUAACGUUCGUAUACCUAAGCAAGCGAUGCUGGGUAGAAGCUUCGAGAUACCCGCACUUCACACUGCUGGGGCAAAGCUUUGGCUCAAUCGUGCUGGCGUUCGAAGCGUUGCUGAAACUACAGCCGGAUGUGUUUAUUGACACGAUGGGGUACGCUUUCACGUAUCCUGUGUUCGCGUAUUUCGGUGGAUGUAAGAUUGGCUGCUACACACACUAUCCCACCAUCAGUACCGACAUGUUGCGACGUGUUCAGUCGCAAACGCAUUCCUACAAUAAUAGAGGUUAUGUGGCAAAGAACCCGUUCGCCACGUGGCUGAAAAUCGUGUAUUAUCGUUUGUUCUCGCGCAUUUAUGGCUGGGUUGGACGUUGUGCCGAUACCGUAAUGGUAAAUUCGUCCUGGACCGAAAACCACAUCAUAUCCCUAUGGGACGUACCGUAUAAAACGCAUCGAGUGUACCCACCGUGCGAGGUGUCGCAGCUUAAGCGAUUGGAAUCACUCACCGACGAGCAGGACGAUCAUAUCAUCAUUUUAUCUGUCGGACAAUAUCGACCAGAAAAGGACCAUCCGCUACAGCUGCAGGCCAUGUACGAGCUGCGCACGCUGUUGAAUAACGACGAGGCGCUGUGGAACCGGUUAAAGCUGCUGAUAGUUGGCUCUUGCCGCGAUGAAGAAGACCGAGUGCGUGUGAAAAACAUGCAAGACCUAGCGAAGCAUCUGUCACUGGAGAACUCGGUCGAGUUCAGGGUGAAUGUACCGUACCAGGAGCUGCUGCAGUGUUAUCAACGUGCGACGGUCGGUUUGCACUGCAUGUGGAACGAACAUUUCGGCAUCAGUGUGGUCGACUGCAUGGCGGCCGGUUUAAUAAUGGUAGCGAACCGUUCCGGUGGUCCACUGAUGGAUAUUAUCGAAACGUCCGAGGGUAGUCAGAACGGGUACCUUGCGUACGAUGCUUACGAUUAUGCGCGCUGUAUUGCCAACAUACUGUACAACACGCCGGAGUAUAAUGCAAGAAUUAGAGAAGCAGCGCGCGCUUCGGUGGAUCGGUUUUCUGAAAAAGAGUUCGAGAGUGGGUUCCUGCGUGCGAUUUCACCUAUCAUGGACUAAAUGCAAACCGGAGACGAGGAGAUUUAUACAACAAAGCUUCGUGGCGUAUGCAUGUUAGGUGCUAGCACUUGAAAUUUUAGCAGCUAUUUGACCUGAUAGAUUGGAACAUGCGGUAAGCGAACAAUAUGGUUUUAUGCAUUAAUUUAUGGCGACCGUAAAAAUUGUUAAAAUUUGAAAAUUUUCAACAUAGUUGAACGAUGAAAGUAAGGCGUAUUGUGCUUUUGGAUAUCAUGUAUAGUUGUGAUUUAUUUAUUUCAUUUUGUUGUUCAACUGAUAAGCUGAGAAAUACAAUUCUGUACUAUUUGCUGUACUUAAAGCAUUUGAGGAUCAAUAGAUUCUGAGUUACGCCAGGAAACGAACACGACAACCGGAUGGCGUAACUUAAGUUCUUCUGUCAACUUCGUCAAAUUGCUUGACGCAGAUAUAUGCCGGUUUUAUACGGUCAAACAUUUCCAGAAACCGACACAUCACAAUACAGAAAUUUAUUUUUCAUUGAAGUCUCUCUUAAUUGAAGAUUCAUUGAAGAAGUGCGAUCGGCCAAUAGCUUCUGGAGUUCUGGGUCGUCUCGUUGAG